CGAGCGCGCCCAAUGGCGGCUCGGCCGGGGCCUGGAGACCCCGCCCCGUGCCCCCGCGCCGGGGAGCGGACGAGAGUAAAUACAAGAGGAGCGCAAGAUGGCGGCCCCGCCGAACCCCGCUCCGGGCGCCGCGGCCGCGCUCUCGGACAGGGAGGCGUUCGGCAAGCUGCAGCCGGCCUCGCGGGAGCCUCCGGGGGCGGCGUCCGCCAAGAAGGUCCGGACCGAGGAGCGGAAGGCGCCGCGGAGAGUGAACGGCGACGGCGGCGGCAGCGGCGGGAGGCAGCCUGCGAGCUACGGCGGCCCGGCGGCUUGGAGCUUCGCGCCCGCCUCCUCCUCGUCCUCCCCGGCCGCCGCCCGGAGCUGCUUCUCCCCGCCGGCCUCCGCGGCCCCCGCUCCCCCGCCGCAGCCGCAGCCGCUGCCGCGCACGCUGCUGCUCGCCCCCUCGCUGCUGCACGCGCGGCCCCAGCACGUCCUGCUCCCGCCCGCCGCGCCGCCCUCCUCCUCCUCCUCCUGCUCCGCCGCCUCAGCCGCCGCCAAGCCGCGCAGACCCAAGGACCGGCGCGAGCGGGAGAAGCGGAGGCACGGCCUCGGCGCCGGCGCCGCCCGGGAUGAGAACGGCGAGGCCAGGCCGGCGUCGCUGCAGCCGCAGCCGCCGCGAGAUAAAAUCAAAGACAAAAUUAAAGAGAACGACAAAGAAAAAGAGAGAGAAAAAAAGAAACACAAAGUAAUGAGUGAGAUCAAGAAGGAAAAUGGAGAUGUAAAGAUUCUGCUGAAAAGUGGGAAGGAGAAACCAAAAACAAAUAUAGAAGACCUACAAAUUAAGAAAGUAAAGAAGAAAAAGAAAAAGAAACACAAAGAGAAUGAAAAGCGGAAGCGUCCAAAAAUGUAUAGCAAGUCUAUUCAGACCAUCUGUGCAGGAUUGCUGUCUGAGGCUGAGGAUCAGGAAGCCAAAGGCGUCUUAAAUGAUCACAUAAAGGAUUCCAUUGGAAAACAUUUAAACGCCAAGAACUGUGACUCUAAGGUUUCUGGUAACAGUGACUCUCCGUUUGUCUUGUUGAAGGAACCGCGCGUUCAGCAUAACCUAAAGAGGUUGGACACGCUGGAGUUCAAGCGGCUCGUUCAUAUCGAGCACCAGCCUAACGGAGGGGCGUCUGUGGUCCAUGCCUACAGUAGUGAGCUCUCCUGCCUGUCUCCUGUGGAGAUGCAGAGAUUUGCAGAAGAAUUUGUGGGGUUAGUGUUCAGUGAAAAUAAAAGUUCUGCAGCUUUCUAUGUCAUGGGUAUUGUUCAUGGGGCAGCUGCUUACUUACCCGACUUUUUAGACUACUUUUCCCGUAAUUUCCCCAAUUCGCCAGUGAAAAUGGAGAUACUGGGAAAGAAAGACAUAGAGACAACGACUAUGUCCAGCUUCCAUGCUCAGGUAAAAAGAACAUAUUCUCAUGGUACUUACAGAGCUGGCCCCAUGCGACAGAUUAGCUUGGUGGGAGCCGUUGAUGAAGAAGUAGGAGAUUUCUUCCCUGAGUUCCUUGACAUGUUGGAGGAGUCACCGUUCUUAAAAUGUACGUUGCCGUGGGGAACACUCUCUAGUCUAAAGCUAGAGAGUCGGAAAGAUAGCGAUGAUGGCCCUAUCAUGUGGGUGCGUCCAGGAGAGCAGAUGAUCCCUGUGGCGGACAUGCCAAAGUCGCCCUUCAAGAGGAAAAGGACUACCAAUGAAAUCAAAAACCUUCAGUAUCUACCUCGAACCAGCGAGCCUCGGGAGAUGCUGUUUGAAGACAGGACGAGGGCCCACGCUGACCACAUAGGCCAAGGCUUUGAGCGACAGACCACAGCUGCUGUGGGGGUGCUGAAGGCUGUGCACUGUGGACAGCGACCUGACCAGCCCCGAAUAACCAAAGAUGUGAUUUGUUUCCAUGCAGAAGAUUUCUUAGAAGUAGUUCAACGAAUGCAGUUAGAUUUACACGAACCUCCACUGUCCCAGUGUGUUCAGUGGGUUGAUGAUGCAAAACUUAAUCAGCUGCGGAGAGAAGGCAUUCGCUAUGCCAGGAUUCAGCUGUACGACAAUGACAUUUACUUCAUUCCCAGGAACGUUGUUCAUCAGUUCAAGACCGUCUCUGCCGUGUGCAGUUUGGCGUGGCAUGUUCGACUUAAGUUAUAUCACGCAGAGGAGGACACUUGUCACGAAACAUGCAUGUCAUCAGGUCCUAAGUCAUCCGUUCUCGAACCUCACACCGGCAACAUCCUUUGUGCUGUGAACCAAACCUCAUCAGACUCUGUGUUUUCAGACAAACUUCCUUCUAAGUAUGAAUCCCAACAGAUUAAACAUGAACCUGUUGCCCCUACAAGAACCAAGGAAGACCCUUUGAGAGUUACCAUAGCUGAAAAGACUAGAACCCUGGAUAGCACAGAAGGCAAAACUGUUAAGACGAAGUUGGAUCAUGUUCAGUUUUCAGGUUUCCAGAUUGACGUGGAGUCUAAAUUUGAAGACAGUAACAAAGACUUCAGGGAAGAACUGUGUCCUGGAAGUCUCACUGAUGUAGUUGAUACACGGCAACAGAGUUCUGUGCACUCAAAUCAAGACAAGAACGAUAAUGACAAUUUGUGCUGAAUUUGUACAUUGUGUUUAAAAUUCCUUUUUAAAGAUAAUUUGUAAUAACGAUUCAUGAAAUCUGAAAGCGAGCCCAGGAAGUGCUCUCGUUGGUUACAGCGUAGUUUAUGUAGCUUCGUAACAUUCCGCAGUGCCUGUCCGUGACUGAAUCCGCGCACUAGGGCCCGCCGCACUGUCACCAUUGCCGGUCACAUCAAAGGAGUCUGAGUUUUAGGUUCAGAAUGGAGCUGACAAAAAUCACAUAAAUAUAUUUUUUGUAAUAUGAGCCAGAAUUCUUUUUUGACAAUUUAAGGUUUUCCAUAGAGCUUAUUUAUAUCGACGUUUCCUUUGCUGUCAAGUGUGUCAGCAUUGUAUGUACAUAGCUUUCAGAAGUCUUUAGUAUGAUCCAUAUUGAAACGUGAGCCCUAAUAAAGGUUCAUAACAAUGCUUUCUGUUGAGUUUGCAGAAACAACCUGACAAUUCAGUUUGUUUGAUCUAUGUCUCUGUUAAUGUAUACACAUGGGGGAGGAAAUGGAGGAAAAUGUAUGUGCUCAAAUCUAGUAAAUAUUUAAAUUUCCCAUAUUGUACAAACCUUCAAAGAACCAGGAUUCAGUUAUGAAAGCAUAUACAUAUAUAUAAUAUAUUGUGUGUUUGUGUGUGUGUGUACACACAUGUGCGUGUAUUUUGGGAUGUAUAUUAUGUAUAUUGUUUUGCACAGUUUCUUAAAUUGAUGGAUAUAUGAAAAUUCCUAGUGCUACUUUCUGGAAUAAAUCUUAAAAUAUUUAUGUUCAACAAUAAGAAAAUAAUUAAUAGUUAGAAGUUGGGAGAAACUAAGAAUGUUGAUGUUUUUAUCCCUUUAAUUAAUGAAGUUACGUGGCCAGA